AUGGCCCAUACGAUCCUUCACCUCCGAUCCGAGACCAAGCCCUUGGAACAUAGGAGCGCACUCACACCUACCACAACUCGCAAGCUAGUCGAGGCCGGUUACGAGGUCAGAGUAGAAAGGAGCCCUGUCCGCAUCUUUGACGAUGCCGAAUUCGAAGCCGCCGGCGCGAGUCUUGUGCCGGAAUAUUCCUGGGAGUCAGCCCCAGAGGACGUGAUCAUCGUUGGUCUCAAGGAGAUCGAGGAGAAAGACUUCCCUCUCAAGCACGUUCACGUCACCUUCCUCCACGUCUACAAGAACCAAGGUGGUUGGGAGAAGACCCUCGGUCGUUUCCCUCGUGGCGGCGGUACUCUUCUCGACUUGGAAUUCUUGGCAAACGAGUCCGGUCGUAGAGUCGCAGCUUUUGGUUUCCACGCUGGCUUCUCCGGCGCGGCUCUGGCUCUUGAGAAUUGGGCAUGGCAGCUCACUCACCCCGGCGAGCCAUUCCCCGCCGUCGAGGCAUAUCCCAAUGAGGAGGCUCUCAUUGUAGAUGUCAAGAAGGCCUUGGCCGAAGGCAUUGCCAAGGCUGGACGCAAGCCCAGAGUCAUCGUGAUCGGUGCUCUUGGUCGUUGCGGCUCUGGUGCUGUUGAAAUGGCCAAGAGAGCCGGUGUCGAGGACAUCAUCCGUUGGGAUAUCGAAGAGACCAAGAAGCCCGGCCCCUACGAGGAGAUCACGAACGCCGACAUUUUUGUCAACUGCAUUUACCUCAGCCAACCUAUACCUCCUUUCCUCAACCGCGAGUCUCUGCAGGCUCCUGGCAGAAACCUCAGCGUGAUUUGCGAUGUUUCUGCUGACACAACCAAUCCCCACAACCCAAUCCCCGUCUACACUGUGGCCACCACCUUUGACAAGCCUACCGUCCCGGUAGAGGGCCUGGAUAACCCGCCCCUGAGCGUCAUCUCCAUUGACCACCUUCCAUCUUUGUUGCCGAGGGAGUCUAGCGAGGCCUUCAGCAACGACCUGCUGCCCACACUCCUGAACCUGAAGGACUGGCGCAAUGAUUCCGUCUGGGCCCGCGCCGAGAAGCUCUUCCAGGACAAGGUCGCCACGCUCCCCGCCGAGCUCCAGAAGAGGGAGGCCUAG